AUGCCUAAAAGUAAUCGGCCAGCGACCUCGGGUUACGCCCGCUUGGCUCAAGAGGAGGAAGAUAGAGCCAAUGACUUGUACGAUUAUUCAGACGAUGACGACCUACACGCCCCCAGCACGAUUUCCCAAUCCGCCCCCCGAUAUGCUCCCAUCUCUUCCCGUGCCCAGAUGCAGGCCGCCGGCCUGUCCACGCCUCCCGAACAUCGACGACGACUGAGUGGCCACUAUCGCCGAGGACGAAGGAAUUCCGGUGUCGACAUCAAGGCCAUCAAUGCUCGUCUGGAACGGUGGGCGGAGGAGAUCGCCUCCAAGUUCAAGAUCAACCGCGUCAAGGGCAAGACCUUCGAGGAAGAGAAGCUGGAGAUUUAUCACUCCGUCUUUCAGGCUCCCGAUGGAGUUCGACCCAUCUCUGCGGAAGCCCUUGAGUCGGAUGAGAUUGAGGGGGCUGCGCGCAGAGCCCGUGACGAAUUCGAGGAAAUCGUGGAGAGUGUCCGGAUAGCCAUUGAGAUGGGUGUCCAUCCGAGGAUGAUCUCUCAGGGAAGCUCAGGUAGUUACUUUGCGCGCAAUGCCGAGGGUAAAGUCGUGGGAGUGUUCAAGCCCAAGGAUGAGGAACCAUAUGCAUCCCGCAACCCCAAGUGGACCAAAUGGAUCCACCGAAACUUGUUCCCCUGCUUCUUUGGUCGGGCAUGCCUGAUUCCCAACCUGUCGUAUGUCUCGGAAGCCGCGGCGUAUGUUCUCGACUCGCGUCUUCACACGAACCUUGUCCCCUACACCGAUAUUGUUUGGCUAUCUUCGAAAUCCUUCUUCUACGAUUUCUGGGACCGCAGGAAAGCUUGGAUGGGCAAGAGGCCGCUUCCUCCCAAAGCAGGCAGUUUCCAGGUCUUUUUGAAGGGCUACAAGGAUGCGAAUCUCUUUCUGCGAGACCACCCAUGGCCAGAUCAGACUAACACUGACGAAGAAGAAUACGAGGACGGCCAAGCGCGCACGCCAUCCCCGCGCGAGGAGAGCCGGGAACGGCGGUUCUACUGGACGGAAGGCUUGAAGCAGUCGUUCCGGGAAGAACUGGAGAAGCUUGUGAUCCUCGACUAUAUCAUGCGGAACACGGAUCGUGGAUUGGAUAACUGGAUGAUCAAGAUCGAUUGGAAGACGGAAGAGGACGAUGAAGACAUGCCGCCUGCUCGUCCCGUUUCUGUCAACUCCGACGGAACGGCUUCAGCCCAGCAUCCGUAUCGGCGACGUGAAGCGAUGGUAGCCGUCAGCCGUACUGGAACCCCAUUGAACGCAACCGAUCCCCAGGUAACCGUUCAGAUCGGAGCGAUCGACAACAGUUUGUCCUGGCCGUGGAAGCAUCCCGAUGCCUGGCGAAGCUUCCCGUUCGGCUGGCUGUUCCUUCCGGUUUCUUUGAUCGGUCAGCCGUUCUCGCAGAAAACUCGCGACCAUUUUCUCCCCCUUCUUACCUCGACGGCCUGGUGGAGCGGGACUCAAAUGGCCCUCCGGCGGGUAUUUUCGCAGGAUUCCGAUUUCAAGGAGAGCAUGUUUGCUCGUCAGAUUGCGGUUAUGAAGGGACAGGCCUGGAACGUAGUGGAAACGCUGAAGCACCCCGACCAUGGCCCGCUUGAGUUGACGCGACGGACGCGUGUGUGCGUCUGGGAUGAUCUGGUGGAUGUUCCGGUCGCGAUCCCCCUCCGCGGGCCGUCCACUGAUGCGCAGAAACGAAAGGUGAAGAGCUACGAACAUUACGAUAAGCACGCCAGUUACGAUCCCGACAACGAGGAGAUGGACAUUGGCGCCGCCAUGUCCUUUGGUACUGGCCCUGAUGUCGACCUGCUGGGCUUGAGUUCUCCUCCGAAUGAGUUGCCCAACCCGAACCGAUUCGAGCUCUCCCGCGGGCGCGGGUCCAGCUCGGGACAUGUCCGGGCCCAAUCCGGCAGCCCUGCUACGAUGGGCGACUAUCGGUUUGGGCGCGACAGUAUCGACGAGCUGAGCCAGGGGCGGGGUUUGGACCGAAGCUGGGCGACACUCCCUCCCCGUCCGGGCAACCGGCACCAGAAGCACAGUUCGGUAUCCAGUACGCGCGGGCAGGCGCAUCUGAUCUGGAGCAGCGACGACCUGGAAGGCGACCUGGGAUAUGCCGCCGCCGAGGGCAUGGAAGGCAACCAGCGCAAGGUGAUUGUCGAGCGACUUGAGGCAGUCAAGAGCAAGAACCCGGUCUUUACCUGGUGUUAA